AUGGCAGAUGCGGACAUAGAUCAGUUUGCACAGACUCGCGGUGCCGAUGACCUAUUCGACGACGAGAUCAUUCCGGUUUCCGCGGAAGAACAGCACACACAGACUGAAGUAAUUGCACCCGAGCCAGAGGCUGAAGGACACGACGUACACGUCUCCGAAGCCUCAGCUCCAGAGAAAACCACUUCACGUGGAGACACUCCGCAGCGGGGCCGUGGCGGAGAAAGAGGCCGGGGCCGACGGAACCGGGGCAAAGGGAAUCGCGGGGGUCGGGAAUCAGACCAGAAGGCGUCGGAGAGCUCUUCUCGGAAGAAGAAACAGGCCAACGGACCUGCUGCCGAUGCACGCGAUACUACUCCCAAGCCUAAUGGGACCGACGAGUCUAAAGAGCAGCCCCCAGUGGAGGAGGUCAAUGAUGAAGAGGCGGCUGGCGCCGAUGCUCAGCGCGUGCCCGCUCCCAAACUCACUGAAGAGGAACUCUCCAAGCGCAUAGCGGCUGCAAAGGAGAAUGCCGUCAAGAAGGCUGCUGCUCAUGCCCGAGCGGAAGCUGAUCAGGCGUCUUUCGUGGAGCGUGAGCAGGAAGCGGCGAAGAAACGCCGCGAGGAGCUUGCGCAUCGUCGGGCGAUGGAUACCGAACGGGAGCGCAACCGUCAGCGGAAACUGAAGGCCCAGACUGGACGUGAAUGGGACUCGCAGAAGCGCGAGGAGGAUUACAACCCCCGUGGCGGGGGUAGCCAAUUCCGACGAGGAAUGCAUGGUGGGGUGUCCGGCUAUGCACGACAAGAUUUGGACGACAGUCGCACAGAUGGGGCCGCCGAUAAUGCCGCCGGGCCGCGAGGUCGUGGUCGCGGCGGACGAGGAGGCCGAGGUCGGGGAUCACCGCGCGCUGCGCCGGCGGAUCGAUCCUCAAACAAUAAAGGCCUGUCUGGCAGCAUGUGGGCCGAUAGCCCAGCAGAACCGGUCGUGAAUGAUCAGAACGAAUUCCCUGCCCUCCCAGAGGGCCCCAAGAAGGCUGAAAGCGAGGUUGAGACCAAGGUCGAUACUAAGACUGAGGUGAAACCUGAAGUGCAACCAGCACCCCAGCAGCCCACACUGACGUCUUUGGAGAAGCUUGACUCGACAUUCUCGCCGAUCACAGGUAGCUGGGCAGACCAGUUCGACGAUGAAUGA